AGAGAGAUCUCGCAAAUUCACCAACCGUGAAUUCGGGAAGAAUAAGGCGAUGCUUCGUAUUGUUCAAAUCGCGUUUCUAUGUCUCGUUUUCGUCGCCGGGAUCUCGAUCUCCUCGGCGAUAUCAGAGACCGAGACUAUAUACGAGAUCCUCCUGGCUAACGGAUUGCCGUCGGGGAUAUUCCCGAAAGGCGUCAGAGAAUUCAACUUCGACGUCGAAACGGGACGGUUCUCGGUUUAUUUGAAUCAGUCAUGCGAGGCUAAAUACGAGACUGAGCUACAUUACGACGCCAAUAUUACAGGGACUAUAGGUUCUUCUCAAAUCUCGGAUUUGUCGGGAAUCUCGGCGCAAGAGCUGUUCUUGUGGUUUCCGGUUAAAGGAAUCCGAGUCGACGUGCCGAGUUCUGGUCUUAUAUACUUCGACGUUGGUGUUGUUCGAAAGCAGUACUCUUUGUCUUUGUUCGAGACACCGAGAGAUUGCGUUCCGGUUCGCGAGAUUCACAAGGUUCAGUUGGCAUUGUAUCGAGUAGAUCAAAAUCUUGGGAGAAACAUCAUUUAGCAAGAGUUUAAAGAAUGUUGUUAUACCAUACCAGAAAGAAAAGAAGAUAGAUGUUCUCAUCAAUUCUUGAAGAUACUUCAACUGUUUUGGUCUCAAAUCUUAGGCAUGAUUCAAAAUCAAAUUGGUUCAUUCUUUCCCUCCCCAUUCCAGUUUUGUUUCUGUAUUUCGUUCUCAGAUUAGGCCGGGGACUGAACCGAGGAGAGAAUCUGUGGUUUUGAAAAGAUGCUAAAGGGAUGGCCCAGAUUUUGUUGAAGUGAUGAUAACUGUGAGGUGAUGAAUGUUUUGUGUUGUAUUCUUGUGUCAUGUCUAAAACAGAUAUAAUAAAUCCUAUAUUUUGCC